GUAUUUUGAUUGCAAAAUAGAAAGGAAAAGUUUUUCUUUCUUUUUAUUGUCCAAUAAACGCAUCUCUCGUUGAUUUCUCAAUAAAUUUUUAAUAAAAAAUGGAACUCCGAAGGCAUAUCUAAAUUAAUUAAAUUAUAAUAUUGUCUUGAAUCUUCACAAAUUCAAAGAAAUAAUUGCAGGGUGUGAGAAAAUACACUUGGAAAACACUUAACUUUUGACAACGUACGCACAAAAGGUCUUUCGCAAUUUUUUUUUUUUCUUUUGGAACGACCAUUCUUAAAAAACUCGGCCGAAGAAAGGAAAAAAUAUUUUAAAUUAAAAUUGUGUGAGAGAGUUUGGAGAAAACGAUGGGAGACUCAAUCGCAGCCACAAUUCACGAACACGUUCUAGAAGCUAUAUUCUCGUAUUUAGGCCUCCGAGACUUAAGGAAUUGUUCGCUCGUGUGUAAGAGAUGGUAUCGCUUCCUCAACGACGAAAACAAUGACGUCUGGCGAAUGCAUUGUAUACGAAAAUUAGCUGAAGAAGCAUUAAAAUCAGAUCUGUUAUCUUCGGUGCCCACCUAUAAGACAAAAUUAAGGGCAUUCUAUCAUGCCUGGAAUCCAAAUGACUGCUCUAGGAAUGUCUAUAUUAAACCAAAUGGAUUUACUCUGCAUCGUAACCCAGUUGCACAGAGUACGGAUGCAGCGAGAAGUAAAAUAGGCUUUCGACAAGGACGCCACGCCUGGGAAGUCAUAUGGGAGGGUCCACUUGGUACAGUGGCAGUUAUUGGAAUCUCAACAAAAGAAGCCGCCCUUCAGUGCCACGGCUAUGUAGCAUUAUUGGGGGCAGACGAUCAGAGCUGGGGUUGGAAUCUUGUUGAUAAUCAUUUACUCCAUAAUGGAGAUGCACAGGGAAAUUAUCCCUUGCUAAAUAAUGCGCCAAAGUAUCAGGUAGGUGAACGAAUAAGAGUCAUAUUGGACUGUGAUGACAAUACUCUUUCGUUUGAAAAGAAUUACGAAUUUUUAGGAGUAGCGUUUAGAGGUUUGCCGGACAAAAAACUAUAUCCUACUGUUUCAGCGGUAUACGGUAAUACAGAAGUAUCCAUGGUUUAUCUGGGUCCACCAUUAGACGGUUAAGAACUAUAUAAUUGCAAUAGGACUAUAUAUGCAAUAGUAUGCAACGUUUUUUUUGCUACUCUCGCGUAUUUGCCCCCGCCCACAUUCCGACAUGAUUUUUUAUUAACAAAGAAAAGAAAAAAAAAACAAAGCAAACUGCAAAAGCAAAAUAUAAAUGCAUUACGCAAAACAACAACACACAACGGUUAACAUAAUAAUAUUAUAUUUUAUAUACACAGUUGCAGAGAAAAAAAAAAGUAGAAUGAUUAUUAUUUCAUACAUAAAUUAAAUUUUCUUUUAAUUUGAUGACAAAAUUUAAAUACAUUUACCCGUAUAUAUACUUACAAAAUUUUUAGUUAUUAAGUAGAAAACAAAAUAAUUAAGUAAAAGAAAGCUCUUCUCAUGUCGCAAUAAAUAUAAAACUAUUUAUUUAUUUUUUUUUUGUUUCAUAGGAUAAUUAUUAAUUUUAAAAGAGGUCCGUUUUUUUUCUUGUAUGUCGAUAGUUUUGUUUUAGCACUUUUUAAUUAUAUUACUUUUUUUUGUAUAAUUAUUGUACUCCUGUUUUUUAAUUAUUUAAAUAAAAAGUUGUCGUUUUUAUGUUGUCUGUAUAUUGGUGCUAGUCAAUAAAAAUCAUCCCCCUCCAA